GCCAUGCACCGAACGGCAUAUUCAAAAUCAUCCAGCAGGAGCCGCGCACCAGGAGGGCGCUCGUGCCUCUCUAUCUUCGUGGGGCCAACCGCAUAAUGCGAGAAGUAGGGCAGGUGGAGCCAAGGGCAGCCUCCAUGGUCCUUCGUGUAGUGGAGGUUCCUCCGUUAUGAUUCCUCCUGCUACGUCAUCUGAACAAGUAGAAGUAGUAGACAGCACUUCGUCUACCCACAGCGACCCCGCGGAAGGUGCGCCAGAUCCUCUUCAACAGAUACUAGCCGCCGGGCUGCGACGACGUAGCGGAGACACGACGAAUAACAUUAAGGCAUGGUGUACUUGUACUUUUUAAUCAUCCGAUCGUGUGACUGAUAAAGACAUGUGGUCCUCGCGUACUUCUUUUUAGUCAACAUUCACCAGUGUGACUGAUUCUGAUGAUGACCUGUAGUUGAAGAUGUACGCACCAGAUGAAGUGGCUCAACACUUUAUUUGAAGUCUAUGAAUAGGAGUACUAGAAAAAAUCGGCUGGUGUCAUGCUCUACGCACUGAAUGCAUUUACUUUCCCAUUGGUCUGAAGCUGAUCGGAAGUCGAGGUGAUGACCGAAGGCGAGGAACAACGCACAGGAAAUCAAUCAAUUGUGGACAUGGAAAGGCUAUGUAGUUCUUUGCUAAGAAAAGUGCGUCGCAUGUUGAUGCGGACAAUCGUAGCGACCAUAUGCUUUAAGGCUACAAGAAAGAACCAUCUAGUUACUGGAAGAACAAGAUUUAGCAGGCUCCAUAAAUGAAGUGCAAGUAGUACUUAGAAGUAGAAGUAGCUAGCGCGUACAACUUACUAGUACUAGCAGGGGAGGCGGGGACGCGGACGGAGAUCAGUAGUUCCUCUACUUCAGUAAAUUGAAUUAGUUCCUCUACUUCGUUUCCUUUUUCUGCUCCUGCUGCUUACACGGAUCAUAGGGAGACCAAAAGUUAGUCCUGCAGGAAGAUAGACAUAGACAUAGAUAUUUUUUGUAGUCGUUCGUACCUUCUAACUCAUCGGGGAGCGGGCUUUCGGGUCUGAGGGACAGCACGAACGGGCUAUCCGAGAACUGCAGCAAAAAAUGGACAUGCUUUUGUCUCUGGCACAGAAAGUUAUGACUUGAUCUACGCGACCACACUGGUACUACAACUAGCAGAAAUGGUACUUGAGCUAGUAGUACAUCAGAUCAUAAGAUAACUAGAAGUAGAACUUACUAGUACUUGUUGAGCUAGUACAUCAGAUAAGAUAAUCUCUACCUUUAACCUAGCUCCUCAAGAUCUCCUGGCUCCCUGUUUGAACUAGCUCCUAACGGUAUCAACAGGUGUGCUUAUUGAUGAGGUUGCAGUAAUACAAGUACCACGGAGAUGAACUAGUAGGAAAAUUUUUCCUAUUUUUUAAAGUAGAUCAUAAAGAUUGUAUUAAUGCUGAUAGUGAGCUCUUCUAAAAUGGGUGGCGGCGGUGCCUUUGCGAGCUCGCCCUCGGGUGAGAUCAACAUGGAGCAAACCAGACAUCCAAUUAGGGCUUAGUAUUCGUAUUUACUAACUCUCUCAAAUUGAAGACUUCCCUAUUCCGAAUAACAUCAUGAGUACGUAUGAUUUGAUUUUUUAGAGCAAAGAGAAAGAGAUUGUGACAAUGACAAUGAGGCGGAUCAUGCCAAGAACUUAUGUCUAUGUCUUAGACUACUGCAUAUUUUUCUAUAUCGUUAUUUCUCUUCUCGUUUGUUCAAAGCCGAGUCCGAGAUUCGACUACCUGUUAGUACCGUAGCCAUGUUGCUUGUUUGCCCUACUAAUUCUUGUUUUGUGAGUUCGUCUACUUCUGGCAACAGCGGUAUGGAGAUAAAAAGAGUUGGUGGAAGUGGCUUCCACAACUCUGCUGCUCCGACGAUGAUGCACACGCGAACUUCCUCCCUCUCGUCCGCCAUGGGAUUGCACCCUGAUUACAACGACCACCAACAUACUAAUAUGGCUUGAUUAUAUGGUCGUCUUCUACUUAUCGACAUCAUGAACUAUCCUGAUGCACUUGAUUAUAUGGUCGUCUUCUACUUAUCGACAUCAUGAUUAUCUAUAUCUAUUGUAGUCUUGUAGCACUAAUAAGGACAGUCAUGUUCUUGUGCCCAGUUCUGGAGGCCCUAGAAGUGCGUUGUUUGGGGGGCAACGUGGUGGUCCCGGAGAGGGGAGUCGCGGACCGACGACGAGGACUACCUCUAUGGUGGCUCCCUCAGAGACAAACCCGGAGCCCUCUCCUCAGUCGUGCAUCAUUAAGAAACCUCCUGCGUUUGAGUUCAACUUCAAAAAGAACGAGAAAUCAACACGAAGCUGUGUGAGUCACUCAACAAGUUCGAAUAUCUUCGAUGUCUUCAGGUGAUUGUAGUGACAACUGACACUGACUCUGACAACUCCGAAACUGAAUCCUCGUCUCACAAGAUAGCACAAUGAUAAUGAAUUUGUAUCUUUUUUUACCUCUUCUAGCUCUAAGACAAGCACGCAAUUGUUGCAGGAACUGAGUUCGCAGGUGUCACAGCUAGCAACGACCGCAGGCGGUACAACAGAGCUUCAUUCUACCAAUUCGUCUUGUGUUACCACGCAGCGGCACUCCACUCUAUGAUGCCAUUGAUAAUUGAGAACGAAGUAAAGGGAAAUGUGUCGUUUUAUAACUGAUAUAUUAUAAGAGACGCCCGGUAUUAGUAAGACGAGACACCCUGUAAGUUGUAUUUGCAAGAGAGCGACGAGGUGGGAACGCCAUUCUCCUAUCGACGUUCUCAAUCUUCAGUGGCCUCGUUCAUGUAGAGGGUCUAGCGGUUUCCUGCCUCCUUCGCGACCGCCACCGGGAAUGGCCGACGGAUCGCGAGCAGAGUUAGUAGACGAUGUUGCCAACUUCAACUUAAGGCCCGCAGUCUACAGUUAGAAGCACCUCUACUGCUAGAGCAGAAGUACUAGCAUAUGUUUGUAUGUGGAUGAACUUGGGGCGUUGUAGAGAGAGGUAGAAGAAUAAGACGUAGGCCUAACAGAGUUGGAUCAGACAUUAGCAGCUGUUCUUUCAUUUGACGGAAUUUUGGAAUUAGGACUAGGAUUGGCUUUUUAUUCGGAGAUCGUCUUUGUCGUUGUCCGUGAUGCUGAUGACACAUGCUUGAUGCUAUCGACCGAUGGAGCCCUUCAGUCUAUGAUUAAUAGAAAAAAUAUAAUGGAGUAGAUCUAGAUGCAGUAGAAGUGGAUGAUCCUCGUCGUGAAGAUUAAGAGUAAUGCGAAAAACAAGCUAAGAUGUUGCAAGCGGCCUAAGCUCUAAUCAAUCGUGUUGAAGGAGGCACGACCGCCAUCCUGCUGCAGGAACCUUUGCAGAGUGCAACAGGA